AUGAUGCAAACAGUAACACCCAAGGAUACAAAGCUAAGAGUACAAAGCUGGACUCGAUGCAGACUUCCCAUCGAUAUUCCCUUACCAGCAAGGGUACUGAAAGAUUAUAUUGAAGAUCUCCCAGAUAUCUGGCAUGUAUCACUUAAUGGUCUUAUGAAUGCACCAGGCUAUAUGUAUUCGUCAUAUGGUCGGAAUAUCAAGAAUCUCGAAGAAGUUCUUUUUGUUGCCGUAUGGGACGAUGAUACCUCCCUCAAAGCGUUUCUCGAAUCCCCAGCCUAUCCGCAGUAUCUACAAGCAUUUGGAAUCCAUGACUCACACACUCCCGGCGCUCUGUUCACAGUCUCCCCUUCUUUCUUGAUGCCUCGAUUUGGCCUGGGGAGACGGGUAACGACUUUUAUAUUUAGCUUUACGUAUCCAGCUAGCGAAGAAAAUCGCUGCGACUUGAUAGGCAUGCAAGGACUUCUAGUGGAUCGCUCGUUGUCGAGAUUAGGAAUCAGAUGUCGACAAGUGUGGGUUCGAGAGCCACAGAUAGGAGGCCAUGGCCAAUUGGUGGAAAAGGGAGUGGUAGUACAGUCAUGGCGUGAUGCUGAAAUGCAUGAAGCUGUGGAUAAGUAUAUAUGGGCGAGAGAGAACUUGCAAGCAGCGGUUCAAAGAAUCAAUCCUUUAGAGAUGGAGGAAACUACAUGGGAAAUGGCGAAAGUGGAAGAGAAAGAGGAUGAGGACUGCGAGGAGGAUGAUGGCAAAGUUGAUGAAGUUAAUAAGUUACUAUAA